AUGGCCCGGGAGGGCCCUGCAGGACCCCUGGCUGCCACACCAGCCAACAGUGGUGACCAGGAGAGGUUUACCUUGCCCCACAACACAGCAGGAGACACACAAGCUCCAGGACUCACAGCCACAACCCUGCCCCGACGGCGCGGCGGCUCCGGCGGCUUGCAGCGCCGGCCCGGGCUCACACCCGCCCCGCCCCACCCCAACGCGAUCGCGCCCCCCCGGCCGCCGCUGGGUCGGACGCCGUACCCGGGCUCCCUUAGUCGCCCCUCCAGCGCCGUGCGCGCCUGGAGGCGGGGCCAGAUUCAGCCCCCGACCCCUGAGCCCCCAGGUCAACCCCAAGGGGGAGCGGUCGCGGCGCGGGGCGCGGCUCGGGCCCCCGCGGCACCGGGCAGCGGGGAGGGGGCCCGGCUGUUGGCUCCGGCCCGGCUCAUCACCGUGGCCGCCCCCGGCCGCUCCGGUUUCGCCCGCCUCCAGCUCCGGCUCCGGCUCCGCGCCGCCGCCGCCGCCGCCGCCGCCGCCGAGAGGAGGCUGGCGCAGCGCAGCCGGCACAGACACCAGGCUCCGGGCUCGGGCUCGGGCUCGGGGCGAGCGCGCCCGACGGCCUGCGCCCGGACCGAUCCCAGGAAGGGAACGGCGCCACGCAGGGCGGCCGGACGGGUGGGCACCGAGCUAGGCUCGGGCCUGGCUGCAGCUGGCUGUCACCCCUACUUCAACGUGCCCGACUUCACCCAGCCAUCACCGCCCUCCACUCCGUCCAGCCUCCCCUCGCACCAGCGCUGCAGGCCCUCUGAUGUCACCAAGGGCCUGCUCGUGGCCCUGCUGGGUGGGGGCCUGCCCGCUGGCUUCGUGGGCCCCUUCUCCCGUAUGGCUUACCAGGCUUCCCACUUACCCUCGCUGGAGCUGCUCAUCUGUCGAUGCCUCUUCCACCUCCCUAUUGCCCUGCUGCUUAAACUGCAUGGUGACCCCCUCUUGGGACCUCCCGAUGUCCGGGGCCGGGCCUGCCUCCACGCCCUGCUCAACGUCCUCAGCAUCGGAUGCGCCUACAGCGCGGUUCAGGUGGUGCCCGCUGGCAACGCUGCCACCGUCCGCAAAGGUUCUUCCACCGUCUGCUCUGCUCUCCUCGCUCUCUGCCUCGAGAGCCAGCGUCUCAGCGGCUAUGACUGGUGUGGCUUGUUGGGCAGCACCCUGGGACUCAUCAUCAUUGUGGGACCUGGACUAGGGACACUGCAGGAGGGGACCACAGGCCUCUACACUGCCCUGGGCUAUGUGCUCGCUUUCCUGGGUGGCCUGGCGCUGUCGCUGGGCCUCCUGGUGUACCGCUCCCUGGACUUCCCCUCCUGCCUACUGACAGUGGCCUUCCUGUUUGGCUUGGUGGGGCUGGUGGGCUCCGUGCCAGGCCUCUUUCUGCUGCAGACCCCCGUGUUGCCCAACGAUCCUCUGAGUUGGAGCUGUGUGGGGGCAGUGGGGAUCCUCGCCCUGGUCUCCUUUGUGUGUGUGAGUUAUGCGGUCACCAAGGCCCACCCCGCCCUGGUGUGCGCCGUCCUGCACUCUGAGGUGGUGGUGGCUCUGAUGCUGCAGUAUUAUGUGCUCUAUGAGACCGUGGCACCUUCUGACAUCAUGGGGGCAGGGGUCGUGUUGGGCAGCAUUGCCAUCAUCACCGCCCAGAACCUCAGCUGUGAGAGGGAAGGGCAGGUGGAGGAGUGA